CUUUUGCUUCCGUGCCCGUUCCCACUCUUCUUCUCAGACACACAUGGUCUCCUCUCUCUCUCUCUCUAACCAAACAGUACCAACCUCUCUUCUUCUUCGUCUUCUUCGCUGACUCCUUCUCUGCUGCAAAACCUAGCCGGAUGCCACCGUUUUCGGCGACCGCCGGGGCCGCCGAUGUCCACCGUGAAGUCGAACCGAAGAUCUGGCGCGCUUCCGCCGGCGCCUCCGUUUGGAUCCCUUCCCUCCGCGCUAGGGUUUACUACUUCCCUCAAGGCCAUGUCGAGCAUUGUUGCUCCUCGGCUCUCAGCUCUUCCCUUCAUCCAUCCAUGCCUCCCGUUCCUUGCGUCAUCUCCUCCGUCCAGUUACUCGCUGAUCCGGUUACCGACGAGGUCUUCGCUCAUCUCGUGCUUCAACCCGUCCCUCCCACGCAGUUCGCGUCUCUCGAUGCCACCAGAUGCGACGGAUUUAAUGGUGAUACCGAGGAGGACAGGAUUGUUACCUUCGCUAAGAUUCUGACGCCGUCGGAUGCCAACAAUGGCGGCGGAUUCUCCGUCCCGCGGUUCUGUGCUGAUUCGGUCUUCCCAUCUCUAGAUUAUCAGGCCGAGCCGCCUGUUCAGACGCUCUCGAUCACCGAUAUCCAUGGCGUCGUGUGGAAUUUCAGGCAUAUUUACCGCGGGACCCCGAGGCGGCAUUUGCUGACCACCGGAUGGAGCAAGUUCGUCAACCACAAGAAGUUGAUCGCCGGCGAUUCCGUCGUUUUCAUGAAGAAUUCGAGAGGCAAGAUGUUUGUCGGUGUGAGGCGAACCAUUGUGUCCGGCAACGGCGGUUAUGGUGGAGAUAAUUUCUCUAGCUGUUAUUAUCAGAUCAGUGGAGUGGCUAAGGAAGACAAUGAAGGUGAGAAAAAGGGGUUUAGAAGGGUCGGGAAAGGGAAACUGACGCCAGAAGCGGUGGCUGAGGCGAUGGACAGGGCAGCGAAGGGGCUGCCGUUCGAUGUGGUCUAUUAUCCAACGGCUGGGUGGUCGGACUUCGUGGUAAAGGCGGAGGACGUCGAAGCCUCAAUGGCUGUGUAUUGGGCCCCUGGUAUGAGGGUGAAGAUGGCUAUGGAGACGGAGGACUCAUCACGGAUUACUUGGUUUCAGGGGAUCAUCUCCUCUACGUUUCAGGAAACUGGUCCAUGGCGUGGAUCUCCUUGGAAACAGCUUCAGGUCACAUGGGAUGAAGCUGAAAUUUUGCAAAACGCGAAGAGGGUGAACCCUUGGCAAGUUGAAUUGAUUGUAGCUCCAAAUCAGCUUCAUGCCACUUUUCCCCCAAGAAAGCGGUUCAAAUAUCCUCACACCACAGGGAUUUUUAGUGAUGAAGAUGGAGAAGUCCUUUAUUCUCAAAGAGGACUAUCUGAUGCUACACCACCUGGGGACAUAAGCCCCUCGCUGUUGAAGUAUUCUACUAUUCCUGCUGGCAUGCAGGGAGCCAGGCAUUAUCAUUUUGGGUCUUACAAUUCAACCGGUUUCAUGGGAGAAGAUAUCCCUCAGAUAUACACCAACAAUUUCUUGAAUCUGCUUUCUGGAUCGAAAAGAGAGUCAACCGAGCUUAAUAAUGGCAGCCCGCUGUCGGAUGACAUGUCCCCACAUAGCCAGAGCAGUAUCCAAUCCUCUGGAACUGACCCUGUUGGAAACCAAGGUCCAAAUUCAGCAAGAGUCAGGGUUAAUUCAUUUCAAUUGUUUGGUAAGAUCAUCAACUUACCAGAGCCUACGGAGAGUGGUGCUGAUGAAUCUGGUUACUUUGAAGAGGAUGGCAGCAAAGGAUCCAGUGAGAUCGAAUUUCUGAACAACACUCUUGAUUCGUCCUUGACUGGUCGUGGUCAUCAUCCUCCAGAGAAUGUUAAGAGGCUAUCUCUGCUGUGAACGGUAAAUGAUACCCUAUCGCAUCGGAUUAUAGCUGGCUGAGGCUGGGGAGGGAGUGCUCAUCAUCAACCUGCCGUGAAGAAGAACAAGGAGACAGAACCUCCUCCAUGAGUACUACUACUGCUGCUGCUGCUGCUGCUGCUGCUAAUACUAAAAGAACAUACUAACGCUUUGGGUUUUUCUACUUGUUUGGUUUUGUUUUUAGAGCGGUUGUUGUUGUUGUUGCUGUUGCUGUUGCUGCUGCCACGUUACCUAUUUGGAUUUUGGGGUUUUGCUUCUCUCAGACUGACUUCAUGUGUUGGUAUUAUCUCAUUGCUGCAACUUCUUCUCUUUCUCCGCAAGUUUCUGUGUGUUAGUACGAUGUUGGACAGAGGAUGGAGGGACAUCUACUAAUUUCCUUCAAACACGAAAAUGCUUCUGAGUCUGACC